UUACCUAGCUCCGAGGAGGUGUGAUCGGCUCGCGGCUGCUGGUUCCAGACCAGCAAACCCACGAGAACAAACGGCAGCGCUGUUGUUAGUGUAGCUAGCUUAGUCUUUUCUGAAACACCUGGACUGGAGACGACUCGGGACACUCUUACAAUCGCACGUCUGAAUGUGUGCAGAUAAGGCAGUGCGCGUUUUGCACUGACUGGAGUCCUUAAUGCAACCAACCCUGCUCACCAGGCACGACAAUGUCCGACGCUGCUAACGUUACUACCACAGACAACAACGGAGACUCGGGGCUAAACGGGUCCUGGGUCGAGUUGGAGAUGAACAGAGCUCAUCAAGCCCAGUCAUCCUCAACAGCUGGCCCUGGCCUGCUACCCCUCCCUCAGGUGGAGGAAGAGGAGGCCAUAGUGGGGGGGUUGGAGCACGUCCCAUCCUCUUCCUCAAUCCACAACGGAGACAUGGAGAAGAUCCUGUUGGACGCCCAGCAUGAGUCCAGCCGCAGCAACUCCUCCUGUGACAGCCCUCCCCGACCCCACUCUCCUCAGGAUGAAGGACAGAUCAUCUUUGAUGUGGACGUGACCAGCAGAAGAGACAGCCAGUCUGAAGAGGACAUCUUGGACAAGGAGAGGGACAUGGACAUCUUGAUGAAGGACGCAGAUUGGGUUGCUGACUGGUCCAGUCGACCGGAAAACAUUCCCCCGAAGGAAUUUCAUUUCCGUCACCCCCGACGUUCGGUAACGCUCAGCAUGAGGAAGACCGGGGCCAUGAAGAAAGGAGGCAUCUUCUCUGCUGAGUUUCUUAAAGUCUUCAUCCCCUCGCUGCUGCUAUCACACAUCCUCGCUCUGGGGCUGGGUGUCUACAUUGGAAAGAGGUUGACCACGCCACCAGCCAGCUCCUUCUGAGCCUGAACCUGAAGAAAAGUGCCUGAGAAGUGGCCAUGAGCUGUUGGAGAAAGUUUUGCUGUUGUGAGAAGAAUGCCCCUCUUCCUCCCUCCAUCCCGCCUGCUCCUGUUUCCCUUCCUUUACCCUGAGAUAUGACAUGUUUUCAUCUGUCUUUUCCUUUAUCUCUCGUCCCCCAGCCUUCCCUCUAAUUUCCCCAAUUUGAAAAGACCCCCCCCCCCCACCCCCAACCCCUUCAUUUAUUUGUAUGAGCUUUUCAAGAAUGAAUAAGGUCAUAUUCCCCUUCCUCCAGCAUUUGGGUUUAAAAUUUUAUUCUGGGUGGGUUUACAGGGAGGGUUGCAGCAUUAAACCACACUCCUCCGCUAUGUGGUUGUUUUUGUUUCGGUGCCCUUUGAUCAUGUGACAACAGGGACUGUUUUAGUACUGACCACAGAUUGUGCCACCUGCACCAGUAGCCCAGCACUCGAUCUCGAAAGGCUUCGACCAAAUUCAGAGCCGGCUACGCAGACUGAAAAUGUGAUUAUGCCUUUUUUUUUCUAUUUUUACAAAAAAAAAAAAGAGUAGCCAUUUUUGUUCUUUUUUCUUUAAAUAAUAUCAUUAUUUUAUUAUUAAUAAGUUUUAAAAAUGAGAAAGUUCCCAGAGUGGCCAAUAUAAACCACACGCAGUCUGCAUCAGUCUGCCACAAGAGAUUUAUGUGACUUUUUUUCCAGCCGUUUCAGUGGCAAAUUGUAGAAAAGUCAUGAAUGCUGUUUGUUUUGUUAAGUAAAAAUAACUGAAAAAAGGGGUGUAUAGUAGGUGUGAGCUGGUCAGUCGGAGCCUAGUUUGUCUGCUGCUUGACCAAUCACUAUACUCCGGAUGGGCUGGGUGUUUCAAAAGGCAUCAAAUGUUCUUUUGGUUUUAAAAAAUUAAAGGCAUUUCAUGAAGAAAUAAAAGCUAAAUUAUUUUACAGAAGAAAAUUUUCUUAGCGAUGAGAUGCAGAUAUUAGAGCCACUAUUUAGAAUAAAAACAUCCGGCGUAGCCUGUCCUGCACUCCAACACAUUUGCCAAAAUGCCAAGAAAAAACAAGCAGAUACUCCAUGAUGCCGCAGAUGAAGAGCUGUUUCUCCACGCAUGAAGGGGCGGAGCAGCUUUUAACCAACUUGGUUGUAGAUGCUUGGCUGCAGCGUCCAGUACAACGUUUGAUCAGACUUCAGCUUCCAUGAGGUGUCUCUGCAGCCAGAUCAGAGUCUGUAAUGUUUCUGAUUUGGAUGCAGAAAGAAAUUAUUGCAAAAACAAAAAAAAAAAACAUCUUGUGUGCUGUGAAAUCCGAGCUUGCACAAUAUGGAUCUGUCCUGCACGCUAGCAGCGGCGAGUAUUUUUAGUCAUUGAAUAAAUGAAGUCAACAUUUUUCAUUGAUCUUUUUUUUUCUGCCUGCAGACCUCAGGUUUUCACCUGUUAUUAAAAUUUAACUGCACAAGAAAAGAAAAGAGAAAAGCUCCAGCCGCUGAGGAAGUAUUAAAAUGAGUUUCUUCCUGGAAGACUCCUGCUUUAAUAACGGCAGAGACUCGUAUUCGGUGCAUCUCGUGUGCUUCUGCUUGUGUUUGUACAUGCAGCUUUUUCAAAGUGGUAUUAUGGAUCAUUUCUUCCUGUGUAGUUUGUUUUAAUUGUUUUCUUUUCUCCUGAUGUUGGAGUAAGAUUGUGAACGCACAGAGAGAGAGUCAAGUUUAACACAGAUUGUGUGUAAAAAGCACGAAAACACAGCCCCGCUAUUGCUGAUGGCAGGGCCUGAUGAAUAGAAAUGGAAGGUGUGGAAAGAAAUUUCCCCUCAGACUGUGAUGGUCUAACAGUAGUUAUUGUAUUAAUGCAUUUGCUUUGAUUAUUUCCCAAAACAUUGAUAAACAUUUUGUCAUUAAAGAUGACCUGAAUGAA